AUGGGUAUCUCAGGCCUUUUGCCGUUACUCAAGCCCAUCCAGAAGCACAAGCAUCUUUCAGAAUACUCGGGACAGACCAUCGCUGUUGACGCUUAUGUUUGGCUACAUCGGGGGACCUACGCCUGUGCUACGGAUCUGGCUACCGGGAAGAAGACGACCAAAUAUGUCAACUACGCCAUGCACAGAGUGAGGCUCUUGAAACAUUACAACAUUAUCCCGUACAUUGUCUUUGACGGCGGUCCCCUGUCAGCCAAGAAGGGCACCGAGUCUGACCGUAAAAAGAAGCGCGAAGAAAACCUCGCACGCGCGAACUCACUCGCGGCACAAGGGAAGCACACCCAGGCUCGUGAAUACUACGUCAAGUGCAUCGACGUCACUCCUCAAAUGGCAUUUCAGUUCAUCAAGGCACUACGCGCAGAGAACGUGGCGUACGUUGUCGCCCCGUACGAAGCCGACGCACAGAUGGCAUACUUGGAACGCAUUGGCCUUGUCGACGGCAUCCUCACGGAAGACUCCGACCUGCUCGUGUUUGGAUGCAAGUCUGUCUUGCUCAAACUUGAUACAGUCGAGAGCACGGUGAUCUCCAUCUCUCGACAAGAUUUCGCAUCACUAACGGCCUCAUCCGGUGGCGGUAUCUCCCUGCUCGGCUGGUCAGAUGUACAGUUCCGAGCCAUGGCCAUUCUCAGUGGCUGUGACUAUCUCCCGAGCAUUCCUAGCGUUGGUCUAAAGACGGCCUGGUCGCUUCUCCGCAAACAUGGCUGCGUAGAGAACGUAAUACGGGCUCUACGGAUCGAGGGCAAGAAGUCUAUACCGCAGGGGUACCUACAAGCUUUCAGACUAGCUGAAAAGGUCUUCCUCCACCAACGAGUGUACGACCCCCUGAAAGAUAUGCUCGUGCAUCUAUCUCCACUUCCUGAUGGCGAGGACUGGGACGAAGAGAAAGAGGCGUAUGUUGGAAGGUAA